AUGUCAUCACAACCAGCAGUUUUACAAUCCAACUUCCUUAACAGAAACGUCCAGCCAUUUCUAACCAUUCCCUCUGCUUCUACCAAGUAUAGUGGCACCGCUUGUUUCUCUUCCUUUCCCUCAGUUAAAUUAAAUGCUAGACCACCGCAAGCAUGCUUCUCCUUGAAUAAAAACAACGAUCACUCUACCCCCACCUCCAUCCUUCCUCCAGGACCUUGGCAGUUACCUCUGAUAGGUAACAUACACCAGCUCGUCGGCCAUUUACCCCAUAGCCGCCUGAGAGACUUGGGAAAAAUUUAUGGACCUGUGAUGAGUGUUCAACUCGGAGAAGUUUCUGCUGUGGUGGUAUCAUCAGUAGAAGCAGCCAAAGAAGUGCUGAGGAUCCAGGAUGUCAUCUUCGCUGAAAGACCUCCUGUCCUCAUGGCAGAAAUUGUGCUCUACAAUCGUCAUGAUAUUGUUUUUGGGUCUUAUGGAGAUCACUGGAGACAACUUAGAAAGAUUUGCACAUUGGAGUUGCUUAGUCUUAAGCGCGUGCAAUCUUUCAAAUCAGUCAGGGAAGACGAGUUUUCAAAUUUUAUCAAAUACCUUUCUUCCAAAGCCGGAACUCCAGUCAAUCUUACUCACGACUUGUUUUCUUUAACAAAUUCUGUUAUGUUAAGAACCUCCAUAGGCAAGAAAUGCAAAAACCAAGAAGCAAUUUUAAGAAUCAUCGACAGUGUUGUUGCGGCAGGAGGAGGUUUCAGUGUUGCUGAUGUGUUUCCUUCCUUCAAAUUGCUCCAUAUGAUUAGCGGAGACAGGUCAAGUCUUGAGGCCUUACGUCGAGACACAGACGAGAUACUUGACGAAAUCAUUAAUGAACACAAAGCCGGCAGGAAGGCUGGUGAUGAUCACGACGAAGCUGAAAAUCUUCUGGAUGUUCUUUUGGAUCUUCAGGAAAAUGGAGACCUGGAAGUCCCUUUAACCAACGACAGCAUCAAAGCAACAAUUCUGGAUAUGUUUGGGGCUGGUAGCGACACGUCCUCAAAAACAGCAGAAUGGGCGUUGUCGGAGUUGAUGAGACACCCAGAAAUAAUGAAAAAGGCACAGGAGGAAGUGAGGGGAGUCUUUGGUGAUAGCGGAGAAGUCGAUGAAACACGCCUUCAUGAAUUAAAAUACUUGAAGUUAGUGAUCAAAGAAACAUUGAGAUUACAUCCUGCCAUUCCAUUAAUUCCAAGAGAAUGCAGGGAAAGGACUAAGAUUAAUGGAUAUGACGUAUAUCCCAAAACCAAGGUCCUUGUCAAUAUUUGGGCAAUCUCAAGAGAUCCAAAUAUAUGGAGCGAAGCAGAUAAAUUCAAACCAGAAAGAUUCUUGAACAGUUCACUUGAUUACAAGGGUAAUUAUCUGGAAUUCGCUCCGUUUGGUUCUGGGAAAAGGGUAUGUCCUGGUAUGACAUUAGGUAUAACUAAUCUAGAGCUCAUCCUUGCAAAAUUACUAUAUCAUUUUGACUGGAAACUUCCUGAUGGAAUAACGCCUGAGACGCUUGACAUGACUGAAUCUGUUGGUGGCGCAAUUAAAAGAAGAACAGACCUUAACUUGAUUCCUGUUCUAUAUCCUACACAUUGA